AUGAGUCUCAGGCACUACACGCGCGACGCCCUCCAUAACCCGCUCAACUCGCUUCAUCAGAGAGGCACCUGGCCUCUACAGCGCGCGGUCUGCAGCGACCCGAACAACUUGCACGCCUUCAAGUUUUUCUUCGCGCCCACCGUGGACUCUGACGACCAUUUUAUAUGCUGCAUCCCCCUUGUGCCCCCGGAGCUCAUUCCCGACGACGAUUCCGAAAUGGACACACUCCCCGUCGUGUUCACGGUCAUUGGCCAAGUUGCUCCGGAGGAAUGCUUCCUGACGGCGGUGGGGGAUCAACGCGAAGACCGUCCGGACACCACCGCACACAAAAGGCCUCUCGCAUCCUGCUUGUUGGAGUCGCGUCCGGACCGCGACUCCUGCGUCGAAUGGCGCCAGCUCCCGCCGGCUAUCCAGUGCAUCGCUUCAACCGCUGUUGCCGGCGAUCUGAACACCUCGCGUCUCCUCCGCUUCGCCCCCAAUGACGGCGCGGUGCAGCUCCGUGUUAGAUUUGUCCCCUAUGAAGGAGAGCUGAAGGACACUCUGCCCUUCUUCGACACAAGUGCGAACUCCAGAAUCGUCCCGCAGACGAUAAACGAGGUACCUUUCAACAAACCGCUUCGCGCGACGUUUACUUUGGAAUACUACCGCGAGGGCGGCGAGAAUUAUCUGUAUGCAGAGCUAGUAACCUUAGACACUCUCUGA